AUGGCUUUCGCCCUCCUUCAGGCACAUGAUGUAGUAGCGCACGAGAUCUAUGGCGAGGAAGCCAUUCGUGUGACUCCGCCUCCGAUGUCGCCGUAUCUAAAUGGUAACGAGGAAGAGUACGAUGGCGCCACUGACGAACUAGAAGAGAUGGAGAGUGUGACACGCGUACGACUCGUGCAGUUCCAGAAGAACACCGAUGAGCCUAUGGGGAUCACUCUGAAGGUGAACGAGGAGGGGAAGUGCAUCGUGGCCCGGAUCUGCACGGGUGGAAUGAUACAUCGGCAAGCAACGCUGCACGUGGGUGACGAAAUCAGAGAGAUCAACGGAAUCAGUGUGGCCAACCAGUCAGCCGAACAACUCCAGAAGAUGCUGAGAGAGAGGGGGGGGACACUUGUCACGGGGAGGAUUAUACCACGCUACGCCACCUGUCGACAGAUCUUCGUGCGGACGCAGUUCGACUACGACCCGGCCGUCGACGACCUCAUACCGUGUCCACAGGCCGGCAUCGCGUUCACGCGCGGCGAGAUACUGCAGAUCAUCAGCAAGGACGAUCACAACUGGUGGCAGGUGCGAAAGUACGGGCACCCACAGGACUUAGCCGGGUUAAUUCCCUCGCCCGAGCUUCAAGAAUGGCGAACUGCGUGCCUUGCUAUGGAGAAAGCGAAACAGGAUCAGGCUGUCAACUGCUCGUGGUUCGGUAAGAAGAAGAAGCAGUAUCGGGAUAAGUACCUGGCUAAGCACAAUGCAGUAUUUGACCAGCUAGACCUGGUCACGUAUGAGGAGGUUGUACGAUUGCCUGCCUUCAUGAGAAAAACCCUAGUCCUGUUAGGGGCACAUGGAGUUGGAAGAAGGCAUAUAAAGAAUACAUUAAUAACAAAUCACCCAGAAAAAUAUGCAUAUCCCAUUCCACACACGACACGACCACCCCGAAAGGGAGAAGAGAAUGGCAAGAACUACUGGUUCGUAUCGCAUGACCAAAUGAUGAAGGAUAUUGCCUCUAAUGAGUACCUAGAGUACGGAACACACGAGGACGCCAUGUACGGCACGAAGCUGGAAACGAUUCGCAAGAUUCACCAAGAAGGUCGAAUUGCGAUAUUGGAUGUAGAGCCACAGGCGUUGAAGGUACUCAGGACUGCUGAGUUUGCACCAUUCGUUGUCUUCAUUGCUGCUCCUGCCUUAAAUAACCUGUCAGACAUCAGUGUG